ACCAAAUCCAUUCUUCACCUGGCUCUGUCAUCAUGGCCCAUUUGUCGGACGACAACGAUCUUUUUAAGCAAACAUGCAAAUGGGUGCAUGGCCCGCUCAUCGUCGGAGCUGGUCCUUCGGGCCUGGCCGUAGGCGCAUGCCUAAAGGAGCGAGGCGUUCCAUUUGUCAUCCUCGAGAGGUCCGACUGCAUUGCCUCCCUCUGGCAAAAGCGCACCUAUGAUCGCUUAAAGCUCCACCUCCCCAAACAAUUCUGCCAGCUCCCCAAGCUCCCCUUCCCCGACGACUUCCCCGAGUACCCAUCCAAGAAACAAUUCGUAGACUACUUGGAGUCCUACGCCAAGAUCUUUGAGCUCAAUCCGCAGUUCAAUGAGACGGUCCGAUCCGCGAGGCACGAUGAGACGGCCGGCAUGUGGCGAGUGAGGACCGUCGUGUCGGGGAGCAGGACUGCCGGCAGGAACACUGAGGUGGAGGUGGAGUACAUCUGCCAUUGGCUGGUGGUGGCUACAGGGGAGAAUGCAGAGAGUGUGGUGCCAGAGGUGGAAGGAUUGGAAGAAUUCGGUGGUCGGAUCAUCCAUGCUUGCGACUACAGGUCUGGAGAGGCCUACCGAGGGAAGCAGGUGUUGGUUGUGGGAUGCGGCAACUCUGGCAUGGAAGUCUGCCUCGAUCUCUGCCACCACAAGGCCUUCCCAACAAUGGUGGUCCGUGACUCGGUUCAUGUACUGCCGAGGGAGGUUCUCGGGAAACCGAUGUUCGAGUUGGCUGUUUCCUUGAUGAAAUGGCUCCCAAUCUGGCUGACUGAUAGGAUUUUAUUGGCCUUAUCAUGGAUGAUACUCGGAGAUAUAAAGGAGGACGGUCUAAAGCGACCUUCAGAAGGUCCCCUGCAGCUAAAAAACACGCAGGGGAAGACCCCUGUUUUGGACAUUGGUGCUUUGGAAAAAAUUAGAUCCGGCGCGAUAAAGGUGGUUCCUGGAAUCAAGAGGUUCUCGCAUGGCAGAGUUGAGUUGGUUGAUGGUCGGGUCGUUUACGUGGAUUCAGUUAUUUUGGCCACCGGUUACCGCAGCAAUGUUCUUUCAUGGCUGCAGGGCAGUGAUUUCUUCUCCAAAGAUGGAUUUCCAAAAGAGCCAUUCCCGAAUGGGUGGAAAGGGAAGUCAGGGCUCUAUGCUGUUGGGUUUACAAGGAGAGGGCUCUCUGGUGUCUCCUUGGAUGCUGUGAGGAUAGCUGAGGACAUUGGCAGGGUCUGGAAAGAGGAAACAAAGCAGGCAAAGCAUAUCAUUGCUUGCCAUAGGAGAUGCAGCUCACAUAUAUGAUGAGAAGAUUUUAAUCUCCCAUGUACUUGUUCCCUGGUGAUGUGUGUGUACAAUAUACUUCUAUGAUAGUAUGUUGGUGGACGGAUUAUCCGGAGGUGUUGGUUUUGUGAUCAGAGAUCAUCUUGGAAGGAUGAUAGCAGCUGGUGGCCGUCGUACGCCAGGAUUUACUGCUGUUGGGACGGAGCUGCGGGCAGCUUGGGAAGGGAUAUCCUUUACCAGGCAGGUACUGGGUGCUGAGCGUCUAUGCCUUGAGGGGGAUUCCUCUGUGGUGAUUGACUGGGUUCAAGGAUUGGACAAAUAUGGUGAUGGCCAUCCUCUUAUCCGUGAUACUCGUAAGUUGGCUCAGGAGUUAAGCGAUUUUCAGGUUUUACACAUUUUUCGGAAGGCAAACAGCGCAGCAGAUUGGGUUAUCUCCUAUGUUGCCCGACACUUCGGAGAGAUCCUUUGGACAUCGGUGGGAGAGAUACCUCCUACUCUGUACUCUUUUCUUUCUUCUGAUAUGGCUGGAUGUACCCACGUUAGAGCUAUAU